GAGAAAGGUGCAAAUGUGAAUGGGAAGUGCUGCUUUCUUCGUACGUUGCUCAUCUUUAUCAUAAACCACUAUGCCUGUGUUAUGAGAAAGGGGGGGAAAACGGAAAGCUGAGCGAGAUUUUUAUUCUUUAAGAGACGAGCUUGAGAUGCUGUACUUUUGUUGGAGAUGUGUCUUUUAAGUGUGUAGCAAAAUAUGUUUUAUAUAAAAGGCUGGAAAAGUGUUGACGGUUAUUGAAAUUGAGACAAAGCUUUUUUAACGGGCGUGUUUUUAUUGUUGCCGGUGGCAGUGGGUUGGGGGGUGCAGAGGUGGGGAUGGCUUGAGGGGGUGCGGAUAGUGACUGUUGGGGCCUGUACUGUCUGGAGUUCCCACGGCCUUGUGGGAAUUGUAGUCUUUGUCGCCGGCGAUGUGGGGGGGUGGUGAGUGCGGUAGGGACUCCAUCUCCCAGCAUUCUGUGGCAUGGGCUAUUGCGCACUGACGUCAUGACGCUUCGUCUGUCGGCUGCUCCAAACGCCCCGGUGAGGGCGGAGUGAAACUCUUGAUUGAUGUCUGUUCAGCCAAUUAUAUCUCGGGAGGGCCGGCAGCUGUGGCGAGGGUUCUGCAAUAGGUGCGUGGAGGAAGUGGGGCGGGUCUCCGCUGCAGGGAGUUGGAUUGAUCUGGCUCCUUGGGCUUGUGGUUCUCAGGCUCUGCUUGUACAAGGGAGACAGGAGGGUAUGGGCAUGCAAUGCUCUCAGAAAUAAGGGCACCUUUAUUAUCCGGCACCUCUCAGACGGAGGUUUUCAUUGGUACGGUAAGAAAUAAUGAUGAUUGAAUGUACCAAAGGAAAUGUUGGCUCGUGAGCAUUGAACUACCAUGGAGGUCUGUGAAUGAGAACAGGGAUGCAGCACAGCAACCAGGGAAUGCAUGGGGAAUAUUGAAACAACACGUAAAGAACAUCCAAUGCUUGUUAGUGUGAGCAGUGGAAAAGGAACAACUACCAUGGUAACGCUAAUCACAGAAAAAUUGCAGAAUCAGAGCCUGGAGGACAUUGCUUGCAAGGCCUACAGUAUCAAUGUGCGCUCCACUGAGAAACUGAAUGAAAGUGGCAACUUGUUUCCAUAUGAAAUUGAUGAAGAAAGUCCAUGGACACUUGUAAACCGGACUUGCUCAACUAAAGCUGAGACAAACCGCAAUGUGGCCUUUCCUUUUUCGACGUGUACAUUUAACCAUAGCCUGGCUGACCAUGUUGGGCUGCAAUGGCGAAUCAACACAAAUAAAACCUCUGUUUCCGGCUGGAUCAGUGAGUUGAGUCUCAGUGAGAACUUGAGUACACCUUUGGCCCCUCCCACAAAACGACAUUGCAGGUCUCUUUCGGAGCCUGAUGAAUUAUCCCGGUGCCGAUCUCCAUGGAAACCCUGCAGUUCUAAGGUCUGGACUCCUGUGUCAAAGCGGCGGUGUAACAGCGGUGGUAGUGCAACCUUGCAGCGCUGCAACAGCCAUGGAAGUGCCACACUGCAGAGAAGCACAAGCAUCAGUCUGCUCCAACAAACCAGUAAACACACAUUAUCACUCAACAACAGUAUAUUUAAUAUUACCAGCUUCAAUACUUCACCAGUACCGAGGCCCUCCUCUGCCAGCAGUGGAUUUGUAGACAGUAGUGAGGGAAGCACAUCGAGUGUACGUUGGAACUCUGCAGGUCCAUUUGACUUUAACCCAAGACGGCGGCUGUCACUUUCGCAGGAACACAUUACAGAAACAACAAAUCUCUUGCCUUCAGCCAACAGCACUCCCACCUCCACACCGGAGCUGAGCCGUCGACAGGGAUUGCUGCGAUGUCGCUCACAACCCUGUGUGCUGAAUGAAAGGAAAUGUGGGCUAAAGCGAAGGCGUGAGGAAGAUGUUAGGUGGACGCGACCUUCUUUGGACUUCUUAAAGAUGACACGGACAUUAAAGAACUCGAAAAGCCUUUGCUCUCUCGACUAUGAAGAUGAUGAUGACGAUGAGCAUCAUAUGAAAACUAUUGUGUCCUCACCAUGUGACUCAAAUGAUCUGUUAAUGAACAUCACUCCGGGCUCCAGUCCAAUCAAAGAAUGCGACUCUGCAAGAUAUCAUGUCCCUGGGAGCCGAGAUGGCUGCCAUCCAAGGAAUUAUGGGAAUGAAGUCACUGUGAGCGAAAGUGAGGAAGAUACAAGUGAUUGUGAAAGCACUGAAGAAGGAAUAUUCCGGCUGGACUGUGGUGAUCUGGAUCUAGAACAAAUCGAAAAUAACUAAAUGCUGCAACAAUGUUCUAGAUAAGACUGGUUGUUUUUAUACUUUUUGUUGUGGUAGAGGGUUACCUUUGCAUAACUCAUGUCCAUUAAAAAAAAAUCUAUUUGUUAUUCUGGACUGCUUGAAGGUUUUUUUGUGCAAAACAUCAGUAGUCCAUCUUAUGUGUGCACAGAAGAUAGAGGGUUCAGCAACUUGAUCUUGGAUACACAAGGUUGCCAAUUUUUAGGUUUUGAGAAACAUUUUAGAGGAAGAGAUUUUCUGUAAAUUUGUCUCCAUUGAGGAUAUUUUGCAACUUGUAGCUUUUGAAAUGGAGAAAGCCGAACCCUGCAAAGAUGUGGAUUUUUUUAAAAAGGGCAUUCUACAUUCAACUACACAGGUUUAACUACAGUGGUGUUGGUGCGGGUAUAGUGCUGCUUUUUGUGGGGGAGGAGGGUGGGGGGAGUCAGUGUUAGAACUAAAAAAAUUGACGUUUUACUUUUACAAAGAAAGCUACUGGCUUUGAUAAACCUGAAAUGGCCAAAUAGAUACAAUGGACAUCUCGUACUACGGUCACAAGAAUGUAAUAAGCACUUGAGGUUUGGAAAGAGACUGUGAUCGCCUGUUGUGAUCGAUUUUUAUUUUUUUUUCCCCCUGGAGUCAAAUCCCUCCGCAAUAUUAGAAGGAAGACUUUUAUAGUCUUUAAAAAAAAUAAAUGGAUUUUUGCUUUGCA